UAUCCACUGCGAAGCUGACUCACCCUCCGUUCUUCUUCACAGCUUCUCCAUUCUUCUUCACAAAUUAUAAAUAGCGCAAGAAAACUCUACAUCUCUUUGUGACUUUGUUCAUAGCUCUUGAGAGAGAGAGAGAGCGCAAAUGGGUAAGGGAGGGAUGUCACAUGGAGGUGCUGGAGAAGACAAAGAUGGUGAAGAAGAGAACAUGGCGGCUUGGCUUGUUGGUAUCAACACUCUAAAGAUUCAGGCUUUUAAGCUUCCUCCCCUCGGACCACAUGAUGUUAGAGUUAGGAUGAAGGCUGUGGGUAUCUGCGGCAGUGAUGUUCACUAUCUCAGGACCAUGAGAUGUGCGGAUUUUGUAGUUAAAGAGCCAAUGGUAAUUGGGCAUGAGUGUGCCGGUAUUAUAGAGGAAGUUGGAAGUGAGGUGAAGGAUCUGGUGCCUGGUGACCGCGUGGCAUUGGAGCCAGGGAUCAGUUGCUGGCGAUGCGACCUUUGCAAAGAAGGUCGAUACAAUCUAUGCCCGGAGAUGAAGUUUUUCGCCACUCCACCAGUCCAUGGUUCUCUUGCAAAUCAGGUGGUGCAUCCUGCAGACCUAUGUUUUAAACUGCCAGACAAUGUGAGCUUGGAGGAAGGGGCUAUGUGCGAGCCCUUAAGUGUUGGUGUUCAUGCUUGUCGACGAGCAAACAUUGGUCCUGAAACAAAUGUGUUGGUCAUGGGAGCUGGACCCAUAGGGCUAGUUACACUGCUAGCAGCUCGCGCUUUUGGGGCACCCAGAAUUGUCAUUGUUGAUGUGGAUGACCACCGUUUAUCUGUUGCAAAAGAGCUCGGUGCAGAUGGGAUUAUUAAAGUUUCAACAAAUAUUCAGGAUGUGGCUGAAGAAGUUGUACAGAUACAUAAAGCUAUGGGAGCUGGAAUAGAUGUGAGCUUCGAUUGUGCAGGCUUCGACAAAACCAUGUCAACAGCACUGAGCGCCACCCGUGCAGGUGGCAAAGUUUGCCUUGUGGGAAUGGGUCACAGCGAGAUGACCGUCCCACUCACUCCGGCUGCUGCGAGGGAGGUUGAUGUGGUUGGCAUCUUCAGAUAUAAGAACACAUGGCCGCUUUGCCUUGAGUUUAUAAGGAGUGGUAAGAUUGACGUGAAGCGGCUUAUUACACACAGGUUUGGGUUCUCUCAAAAGGAGGUGGAAGAAGCCUUUGAAACAAGUGCUGGUGGUGGUAAUGCCAUUAAGGUCAUGUUUAAUCUAUAAACUCACCUGCUGAGGCAUGAACCUCUCUUUGUAAAUGGGAUCUAUGUUUACUUAUUGUAAUGAAACGAAUAAUUAAAUAAAGGGGGAAAAAAAAACUUAGUAGCUUAUGAGUUGGAAGAAGUAAAGGUAGUAGCCUUCUUGUGGUUAAUAAAGUUCAGAUGGCAGUGUCAUGUCAUCUUGCACUCAAA